UUUUGUGCAUCUUGUGCGUUUUUCAUGGAGGGCAGAUACUCAAAAGAAGGCCAAAAUACUCAAGCCAGUCUCCUUCCCCCUGGUACUAGAUACCUUUACUCUCUGUACGGAUGCACUAAAGGAAAGCAUGCAGGAGGAACGAGGCAGGGUGUUGGCUCGGCGAGACAAGGAGCUUGAGCGACGUCGUCAAGCCCGGCAAAAGACACAAUUUGACGUUACCACAAACGCAGAAGAGGUGUCAACUGGGGCGAUGGCAGGUGACGCACAUAAAAUUGGCAAUAAGAGUGGUUACUAUGAACUUUGUGGUGUAAUUUCCCACAAGGGCCGAAGUGCAGAGAGUGGGCACUACGUCUUCUGGGGUAAGCCUGAGGAUCAGUGGUUUGUCUACGAUGAUGAGCACGUGGCCUCUGUGACAGAGGAAGACGUCAAGCGUCUGAGUGGCGUUGGUGAGGCGCACAUUGCGUAUGUUCUUAUGUACCGUUCUAGGGACCCACGUACAAAGGCCACGACGAUUCCACUUUGA